ACAGGAAGUGGCAAGACCUUCACCAUCACGGGUGGGGCUGAGCGCUACAGCGACAGAGGCAUCAUCCCGAGGACGCUGUCAUACAUUUUUGAACAGUUACAAAAGGACAGCAGCAAAAUAUAUACAACACACAUUUCCUAUUUGGAAAUCUACAAUGAAUGUGGUUAUGAUCUAUUGGAUCCAAGACACGAAGCCUCCAGAUUGGAAGAUUUGCCGAAAGUGACAAUUCUGGAGGACCCUGAUCAGAACAUUCACCUGAAAAACCUAUCUCUUCAUCAGGCGACGACAGAAGAAGAAGCUCUGAAUUUGCUUUUCUUAGGAGACACCAACAGAAUGAUCGCAGAGACGCCUAUGAACCAAGCUUCAACCCGUUCCCACUGCAUCUUCACUGUCCAUCUGUCAAGCAAGGAGCCCGGGUCUGCAACCAUCCGACACGCCAAGCUCCACCUGGUGGACCUGGCUGGCUCCGAACGAGUUGCCAAGACUGGGGUCGGGGGCCAACUUCUAACGGAGGCCAAGUACAUCAACUUGUCGCUGCAUUACUUAGAACAGGUCAUCAUCGCCCUUUCGGAGAAGAACCGCUCGCACAUCCCUUACAGGAACUCCAUGAUGACCAGCGUCCUCAGGGACAGCUUGGGAGGGAACUGCAUGACGACCAUGAUCGCCACGCUGUCCUUGGAGAAAAGGAAUAUUGAGGAGUCUAUAUCCACCUGCAGAUUCGCACAGCGAGUGGCUCUCAUAAAGAACGAAGCCGUCCUUAACGAAGAGAUUGACCCCAGAUUGAUGAUUAUUCGCCUGCAGAAGGAAGUCCAGGAGCUGAAGGAUGAGCUGGCCAUUGUCAGCGGGGAGCAGAGGACAGAGGCGCUCACAGAAGAGGAGCUCCUGCAGCUGGAAAAACUCAUAACAUCCUUUUUGGAAGACCAGGAUCCAGAGAGUAGACUAGAGGUUGGCGCAGAUAUGCGUAAAAUUCAUCACUGCUUUCACCAUUUAAAGAAACUUCUGAAUGACAAGAGGAUCCUUGGGAAGAGUGCAGGCCCCUCCGAAACCGAGAACCAGGACUGCCAAGAACCCUUGAAAGAGGAAGAAUCCAGAAAGCUCCAGGAAAUACUGAAGCAGAGAGACAGUGAAAUCAAUAUUCUGGUCAACAUGUUAAAAAAGGAAAAGAAGAAAACUCAAGACUACUUAUCAAGCAUGGAUAGACGUGAAAUGAGAUCCUCACAGGGCUCGCCCUUCCCGUCUGGGAACCCACAGGAAGGGCAGAGGAUGUCAAUGUCCUCAGUUCCGGCACAGGCCCAGGACUUCGGCACUUCCGGGUACAGAUCCAGUUCGCUGCGCAAGAAAACAGGGAUGAGAGAGGAAAUGUCAUUAGGACGCCAGGAGGCUUUUGAAAUCUUCAAGAGGGACCACGCGGACAGCGUUACCAUCAAUGACAACAAACAGAUUCUGAAGCAGAGAUUUUCUGAAGCAAAAGCCCUGGGAGAAAGUAUAAAUGAAGCGAGGAGGAAAAUCGGUCGCCUGAAGGACGCCAUCACGCAGCGGCACAUGCAGCAGGUAGCCCUAGGAAUCUCAGACAACACGGCCGCACCCCCGGGGCCAGACCGGCAGGAGGAGCAGCUCCGACUGCAGCUGGAGGAGGAAAAGAGGAGGUACAAAACAAUGUUCACGCGCCUCAAAGCCCUGAAGGUGGAGAUCGAGCACUUGCAGCUGCUCAUGGACAAAGCCAAGGUCAAGCUGCAGAAAGAGUUUGAAGCCUGGUGGGCAGCAGAGGCCACCAGCCUGCAGCAGGUACAUUCUCCAGCAAUGAAUCCUCUGGGUCCAGCGAAGACUUCUCCCCAGGCUGCCGAGCCCCAGCAGGACUGGUCCCAGCUUCUGGCUAACAGAGGUGAUGUGAACGGCAGGAACGUCCCGCCCACGCCUUGCCCCAGCCCAGCUGGCCAGGAGAAGCUCAGCCCCGAUGCCCAGCUAGAAGCCAGCAUCCCCGAGAGGCCGAUGUCAGUCCCUCUCACUGGAGACAGCCGGACAGACUCCGACAUCCUGGCGUUCAUCAGGGCCAGACAGAGCCUGCUGCAGAAGAAAUGCCUGGGGAGCAACUGACUCCGGUGGGAGUCGGCCACGUCCCCUGCGGGAGUGAGGAGCCCACGACGACGCAUGCCCCGUCCCUGCCCCAAGACUUCGGAUGUGACCGCGGCGCUGGGAGCGGCUGUGGAUUUGAACCCAGAGGAGGAGGCGGUGGUUCUUUCAGGAUGGAGGCUGGGAGGCUGGGCUGUGGCCUAGUCCGUCCUCCCUGUGCUUGUGGGAGCUGCCAGCCAGCCCAGGCAGUGCCGGGGAACUGGGACAGCGGGAGGGCUUCAGCUCACUGUGGGGGUGCUGUGGAGCAGCCUCAGAAAGGUGCAGGGUAAUAAUCCGUGACCAGCCACUCACCCCACUGCCCUGCCACCCCUGGGAGGAGCCCAGCAGCUGCAGCAGGCCGAGCAGGGCUUCAGAGCCCAGCCAGACAGCCAAGUGCAGGGUACUGGGGGGCCAAGCCCGAUCUCCCAGCCCGACCUCCACGGUCCCCCGCCUGGGCCUGCACGGCCAGCUGUGUCCCCAGAAGCCAGACACCAUCCAGAGUCUCAGGACACCGCAGCAGCAGAGGACAGCAGGCAGCUCCCGACAGCUCUGCAGAAACGGGCAGUGGGGCGCCUCGGGCCCCAACUUCUACCCAACCACUCGGCUCAGCCGGACAGGAUCCCCGACUCCCCAUCCCCACAGGGAAACAGCUGCCCACGGCGCCACCUCAGGGAGCCCCCCAGCCCACAGGCACCAGCGGGGGACUCAGGGACUUCGGUCCAGAGAGUGGGCACCAGGCCUCCGGGAGGCCCUGAACAACCGCUGCGGGCAUCGGGGGUCAGCGAUCGGGGUGGGGCGUGGAGGGUGGAGAGGGGUUGCCCUGGACGUGCGGGCAGCUGAAUAAAUGCCUGUGCAGAGC